AUGGCCUACCACGGGUCAGACGCGCACUCGCCCAAGUACGAGCCUCAUCAUGAUGCACCAGCCUCCCAAUAUCGCGAAGACGAGGAUGCUUCUCAUGGACUGCUCGCUCACCAGCAAGGCCCCUUUGCGACCCCCUUUGAUGAUGCCCACUCGCGAGGGGUCUCUCCUGUGCGUCCAGUCUCCGGUUACAGCUUGACGGAGACGUACGCCUCGGAUGCUGCGCCCGGAUACCACGAUCCCUAUGCGACGGAAUCUGCCUAUGCUCCAGAAAAUCCCGCAGAGGCAUUCGGUGUGCCGGGUCGCUCGACUUCCCCCUACGCACGCAGCGAGACAUCCUCCACUGAGGCGUGGCGCCAGCGACAGGCCCCCGGCGGUAACAAUGGCGGAGGUAAUCUGCGUCGGUACGCCACACGAAAGGUGAAGCUCGUCCAGGGCUCUGUCCUGAGUGUCGACUACCCAGUACCCAGCGCCAUUCAAAAUGCCAUUCAAGCCAAGUAUCGAAAUGACUUGGAGGGUGGCAGUGAGGAGUUCACUCACAUGCGAUACACUGCCGCGACGUGUGACCCCAACGAGUUCACCCUCCACAAUGGUUACAACUUGCGACCCGCCAUGUACAACCGUCAUACCGAGUUGCUUAUCGCAAUUACCUACUAUAACGAAGACAAGACCCUGACAUCCCGAACUCUGCAUGGUGUCAUGCAGAAUAUUCGUGAUAUUGUCAACCUGAAGAAAUCCGAGUUCUGGAACAAGGGUGGCCCGGCGUGGCAGAAGAUCGUCGUGGCCCUCGUCUUCGACGGUAUCGACCCGUGCGACAAGGACACCUUGGAUGUGUUGGCUACCGUCGGUAUUUACCAGGAUGGAGUGAUGAAGCGCGAUGUCGACGGCAAGGAGACGGUUGCGCACAUUUUCGAAUACACCACCCAGUUGUCCGUGACGCCGACGCAGCAACUGAUCCGCCCGACCGAUGAUGGGCCAAGCACUUUACCUCCUGUGCAGAUGAUGUUCUGCCUGAAGCAAAAGAACAGCAAGAAGAUCAACUCCCACCGCUGGCUCUUCAACGCCUUUGGCCGCAUCCUGAACCCCGAGAUCUGCAUUCUGCUCGACGCAGGCACUAAGCCCGGCCCCAAGUCCCUCCUGUCGUUGUGGGAGGCGUUCUACAACGACAAGGAUCUGGGCGGUGCGUGUGGUGAAAUUCACGCCAUGUUGGGUAAGGGCUGGCGAAACCUGAUCAACCCGCUGGUGGCCGCGCAGAACUUCGAAUACAAGAUCAGUAAUAUCCUGGAUAAGCCGCUCGAGAGUUCGUUCGGUUACGUCUCCGUGUUACCUGGUGCUUUCUCGGCCUACCGAUUCCGCGCUAUUAUGGGCCGCCCGCUGGAACAGUACUUCCAUGGAGAUCACACACUCUCCAAACAACUCGGCAAAAAGGGUAUUGAGGGAAUGAACAUCUUCAAAAAGAACAUGUUCUUGGCCGAGGACCGUAUUCUGUGUUUCGAGUUGGUCGCCAAGGCUGGUUCCAAGUGGCAUCUCUCGUAUGUCAAGGCCUCCAAGGCCGAGACUGACGUGCCCGAGGGUGCCCCCGAGUUCAUCUCGCAACGUCGUCGUUGGUUGAACGGGUCCUUCGCCGCUGGUAUUUACUCCCUGAUGCACUUUGGCCGAAUGUACAAAUCCGGUCACAACAUUGUUCGCAUGUUCUUCCUUCACAUUCAAAUGCUCUACAACAUCUUCCAAACUUUCCUCACGUGGUUCGCGCUCGCCUCGUAUUGGCUGACCACCACCGUCAUCCUGGACCUGGUCGGUACCCCGAGUGACAACAAUGGCAACCACGCGUUCCCCUUCGGCAACACGGCAACCCCCAUCAUCAAUACCAUUCUCAAGUACGUCUACUUGGGAUUCCUGUUACUGCAAUUCAUUCUUGCCCUCGGCAAUCGUCCCAAGGGCUCCAAGUUCACCUACUUGACCUCCUUUGUGGUCUUCGGUCUGAUUCAAGUCUACAUUGUGGUGGACUCGCUGUAUCUCGUGAUUCGAGCCUUUACUGGAAGUGCCCCCAUGGAUUUCAACACAGGCGAUGGCGUCGGCGCCUUCCUCAAAUCCUUCUUUGGCUCGUCCGGUGCAGGAAUCAUCAUCAUUGCACUGGCGGCUACUUUCGGUCUGUACUUUGUCGCCUCGUUCAUGUACGCCGAUCCAUGGCACAUGUUCACCUCCUUCCCCGCAUACAUGGUUCUGCAGUCCUCAUACAUCAAUGUGCUCAACGUCUACGCGUUCAGCAACUGGCACGAUGUCUCUUGGGGUACCAAGGGUUCCGACAAGGCGGAUGCACUGCCCUCCGCGAAGACCACCAAGGACGAAGGCAGCAAAGAUGCCGUGAUUGAAGAAAUCGACAAACCGCAGGCUGAUAUCGAUAGUCAAUUUGAGGCGACCGUCAAGCGGGCCCUGACUCCCUAUGUCGCUCCCGUGGAGCAUGACGAAAAGUCCCUCGAGGAUUCGUACAAGAGCUUCCGUACCCGUCUGGUCACCUUCUGGAUCUUCAGUAAUGCCUUCUUGGCGGUGUGUAUCACGAGUGAGUCGGUGGACAAAUUUGGUUUCACGAACACGGCAACUGGCCGCACGGCUAAGUUCUUCCAAGCUCUUUUGUGGUCUACCGCUGUGAUGUCCCUGUUCCGCUUCAUCGGUGCCUGUUGGUUCCUCGGCCGGACUGGUAUUAUGUGCUGCUUUGCCCGUCGGUAA